AAGUAGAAGGAGAACCUUCUGCUAAAGCCUUGAUCAAUGGCAGCGGUCUUGGACAGGUGAAAGAAAUCCAAUCUAACACGUCAGUCUUGGAGCUGGUUCUAGAAGAUCUACAAUGUGAAGACUCGGGACGAUAUUUUUGUAUGGGAGUCAAUGGCUUUGAGGAUAGCGGGACGAUGGAUCACAAACUUGUGGAUGUUAAUAUUGAGUGUGUACUAAAAAUAAGAUAUCCACCACCGGAAGUCCCCGUUGUCCGCGUGUCACGUGACAAAAACACAGUGUUUACACUUGAGAUUUACGGAUAUCCUGAGCCGACAAAAUUUGGUCUAAAAAUAGAAUCAGGGAAUUCCGUUUCUGACGUAGACAAGAAAACCUACGAUAUCUCGUACAUCAGCACGGUGCCACCAUUUGGUCUGGUCACCGUGACCUUCUAUGAUAAAACCACCAGGGUCAUCACGACCUACAUACUGAGUGUGACCAACACAGAAGGGGAGCUGAAGCUCAAGUUUGACGUCAUCAAUCAAGGUGUUAAGUCAAAGACUAGUAAAAUAGAAAAUAAAACAAUGAUGACAAUAAUAGGUUUUCUAAUUGCCAUCUUUGUUUAGGGUGUAAAUAUCUAUAUCACAAAAAAAUUCCAUCUUGCUUGUCUACUACACCCUGUUUUAGAUUAUUUUAAGCUCUUAACUAAAUAUA